AACUUACUUGUAUUUUUGACAGCAGAACAAAACUAAUCAGCAUUAAAGCACCAGUCUCUAAGAUUUCAACAAUAACAUAGAAACCCAUAGCUAGCUCUGAUCAGACCAUUUAUCUCUGCUCUGACUCACUCUUGCAUGACUAAGAUUUUUGUUUUGCUAUUGUUCCUAGGUUUUGAUGAUGUCAGCAAUCAAAAUAUGUAGGUGUGUCUACAUUGAAUGUGAAAAGUGAAGAAUGGAUGUGCAAUUGCUAGUGAUUGCAGCUCUUUUCCUUGUUGCCUUGUUCUACUUCAGACUGCCUUCUACUAUCUACCAUUACUACAGACAGCUGUGUGCCUCUCGACUGUUGCCUGGGGUACCACAGCACUGGCUAUGGGGCAAUGCUCACCAAAUCGCAGCGUCCUUCCACGAUUGGUAUGCUAUAAGUCUGGGACUGGUGCAGAGUAAUAGGUGGAAAGUAACAAAAAGAUGGAUUGGUCCUUUUCUAAUGGAGAUUGAAAUCAUGCAUCCUACAGCAAUCAAGAAGAUUCUGAAAGAACCCAAAGAUGAUUCUCUGUAUAGAUUGCUUCGACCCUGGCUAGGGGAUGGACUGUUAUUGUCUAAUGGCAAGAAAUGGGCUCGAAAUAGACGUCUUCUAACUCCAGGUUUCCAUUACGAAAUCUUAAAAUCUUACAUUCCUGUAUACAGCACUUGUGUGGAUGUGCUUUGCAGCAAAUGGGAGGAAAAUGUGAGGCAGAAAGAACCUGUAAAACUGUUUAAUACUGUCAGCAUGCUGUCACUCGAUAUUGUACUGCAAUGUGCCUGUAGUCAUAAAAGCAACUGCCAAGAUGUGAGGAACACUCAAGAGUAUGUGAAAGCUGUACUGACUAUUCUGGAGAUGAUUGUGGACAGAUACCUGAAUCCACUAUAUCACAUGGACUGGUAUUACUGGAAAACACCAACAGGACGAACCAUGAAGAAAUACUGUGACAUGGCCCACACCCACUCAGAGAAUGUCAUUGCAGAGCGUAAAAAUGUACUUGGUUUGGAUAAAAACACAAAAAACAGAGAUGAUGCUUUAAGGAAUGCAAAGAGACACCACAAAUAUCUGGAUUUUCUCGAUAUUCUAUUGACGGCUGAGGAUGAAACUGGGGAGGGACUCACUGACCUUGAGAUUAGAGAUGAAGUGGACACGUUCAUGUUUGAAGGCCAUGACACGACGACCAGUGGGAUGUGCUGGACCCUCUACUGUCUAGCAAAGCAUCCUGAGGCCCAGGAGAAAGUGCGUGAGGAGGUGAGGAGUGUGCUUCAGGGACGAGACACCCUCAACUAUGAUGAUCUUAAAGAGCUCAAGUAUACUCAGUGGGCCAUCAAGGAGGCCAUGAGACUCUACCCUCCUGUCACUGACUUCUUUAGAGUUCUCUCUGAUGACACAGAAUUUGAAGGUGUUCUGGUCCCCAAAGGCACCCGUGCUGUUGUCAAAUCAUACCAAUAUCACCGCCAUCCAGACGUGUGGGAGAAUCCUAACGAGUACGAUCCGCUACGAUUCACUCCUGAGAAUUCAGAGGGUCGAGAUCCGUAUGCUUAUAUUCCAUUUUCUGCUGGCUAUCGCAACUGCAUUGGACAGAACUUUGCACUUAACGAAGAGAAAGUUGUUGUGGCUACGAUUGUCAAUCGAUUCAAGUUGACUGUCGACCCAAAUCAGAAGCUAACAUACCACCCCAUAGGGAUUUUUAAGGUCAAAGGUGAUAUCGAAGUUCUUGUAGAAUUAGCAAUAUAACAUUUAAUUAUGAAUUUAUCUGCAUUCAUUUUGUAUAAUUAUAGCUGCUUUAAUUUGUAGAUUGUUUAUAAUUAUACUCAAUUUUUAAAUGUGUUUAUGAACAUGUAGUUAUAUUAAUUAUACCACUCG